AUGGCUGGGUUCGUCAAUUGCCUCUCUGUCCAGCUGCCCGACGUGUCGCAGCGCCCCUAUGGUGGUGCACAAACGCUGACCAGCUCUUGCAGCCUCAACUCUCCCGGUCUUUACCGCCGCAACAACGUCCCCCACUGGCAGCGCAUGCACCAGACCCACGACGGUCUCCGUCAGUGGCAGAAGGGCCCUCGCGCCAAGAUGAUGCUCUACCCAUACUACGCUCUGCUGGCCUCGACCUCGGCUGCCACCAUGUACAUGAUGGGCAGAAUGGUCCUCGUGCGUCCAUCCCAAUAUGCAACCCUCGCUCUCCGUACCACUGCUCUGACACUACGCGCAGNNGGCCACAAGACUUGGUUCUCCAGCAACUAG